UUUCUUCAUGUUAAACAAUAAGUACAAUAAGCAUGGGCUGUGUAUUAUUUGCAUUCUGCAGAUCAGUUCCUUUAUUCUUUAGUCUUCAUCAUAGCGGUAAUAAAUGAUCUGUCUUGUUGAUGUGUCCUGUUCGAUUGCAGGCUGAUAGAUCUCCUCCAGUGGAUGUGGUGACCAUGGUCAAUGAAACCCUCCCUGUGUGGGAUCCUCACUCCGAGGAUCACCUCCUCAACAUCAACGUGGGAGGCCUGAAGAGAAGCCUCUGUUCCAGCACCCUCAAGAAGUUCCCGGACACCAGGCUGGGUCGGCUGCUGUCCUGCAACUCUGAGGAGUCCAUCCUGCAGAUCUGUGAUGACUACGACGUGAAGGAGCAGGAGUUCUACUUCGACCGGAACCCCGGGCUCUUUCCCUACGUGCUCCACUUCUACCAGACGGGGAAGCUUCACAUCGUGGAGGACUUGUGCGUCUUCUCCUUCUGCCAGGAGAUCGAGUACUGGGGGAUCAACGAGUUCUUCCUGGACAGCUGCUGCAGCUACCGAUACCAGGACCGCAAGCUGGAGAAUCGGGACAAGAGCUGGGAUGAGGAGAGCGACGUGAGCAGCAUAGACACCUCCGUCGAUGAGAUCUCGGACCUGAAUAAGGACAUCCUGCUGUUCCGGGACAUGCGCUACGGAGCUGUCCGCAAGUGCCUGUGGUUGACUUUGGAGAACCCUGGGUAUUCCAUCCCCAGCAAGCUGUUCAGCUUCGUCUCCAUCAGCGUGGUGCUCACCUCGAUAGCCACCAUGUGCAUCAACAGCCUCCCUGAGUACCAGGUGUUUGACGAGGACGGGACCGCGCUGGAUGACCGCACGCUUCAGAUCCUUGAGUAUUUCUGCAUCUGCUGGUUCAGCUUUGAGGUCUUGGCCCGCAUGAUCCUGGCACCAAACAGGAAGAAGUUCUUUCUGAAUCCGCUUAACCAGAUUGACCUGGUGUCCGUGCUUCCUAUCUACUUCACCUUGCUCUUUGAUCUGAGUGUGGGGGGCGACUCUGGGAAACUGGGAAACCUGGGGAAACUGGUCCAGGUGUUACGGCUCAUGAGAAUAUUCAGGGUGUUAAAGCUGGCGAGGCACUCCACUGGACUGAGGUCACUGGGAGCGACAUUAAAGCACAGUUACCGAGAGGUGGGGAGCUUGCUGCUGUACCUGGCAGUGGGCGUGUCAGUGUUCUCCGGCAUGGCAUACACUGCGGAGUAUGAAGAGGAGGUGGGUCUGGACACCAUCCCGGCGUGCUGGUGGUGGGGCACGGUAAGCAUGACCACGGUAGGCUACGGAGACGUGGUGCCGGUUACCGUUGCUGGCAAGCUGGCUGCCUCGGGCUGUAUCCUGGGGGGCAUCCUGGUGGUGGCGCUGCCCAUCACCAUCAUCUUCAACAAGUUCUCCCACUUCUACCGCAAGCAGAAGGCCCUGGAGGCCUCCGUGAGGAACGGGCACAGGAAGUCACUGGAGCCGGGGGAGGGCGAGGUGGAGGAGAUGGAGAUGGAGAGCCAGGGACUGGAGGAGGAGGAGGAGGGGGACGACUGGGGGAGGAGCAGGAAAGAGGCUGCCUCCACUCUCCCCUAG